AGACGCAGCUUGUCUGUGGGCGGGAGGCAGGCUGCACUGUGGCCGCUAUGUCAUUAACUGCACUGCAAAGUGGGUAGAGGAACUCCUCUGAGCGUCACACUCGGUUGCCAGUCACUUUUCUUGACUCAACUUUCACCGGUGUUUAGACUAGUGAAGACAUAUUCUUAAAGUAUAUGAUGUAAUUUGAUCAGGGUUUUUUUGGGAGGGGGGGAUCCCAACAGGAACAUAACUGUCAGAUAUGAUAGAAAAUUGUCUGCUGGGUCAAAAUUUAAUCAAAAAAUAAUCCACAUUGAACAAUAGGCAGCAUUUCAAUUUUAUCCAGUUUAUGCAUGUGAUAGCAUGAUUAACUCUUUUUUUUUAAUGUCAGUUAAAACAAAUGUGAUGUGGGCAUGCAUAUCAGAACUUGUAGUUCCAGUUUGUGCAUGUGACAGCACGAUUAACUUUUUUUUUUUUUUUUUUUUAAAGCCAGUUAAAACAAAUGAGAUGUGGGGAUGCAUAUCAGCACUUUUAGUGUCAACCCAAGUUUAAUCCAAUUCUGAUCUGGAUUGUAUUGUUUUAUCACAGAGAUGUGCAGCAUAAGAUGCAAUGGCAAACCAAUGCAAUCCAGCACUGAUUCAUUUUGUGAAUAUCUGGAAUUGAAUUAAAUCAUCUCAAACCCAGUUUAAAUCAGAUGUGAUCAGUAAUUAUCAGUUGUCGACUUUUUACAGCCGGUCCAUGUCCAAGCAGGUGAGCAUACAAAAGCUAUAAACUAGAAAUGAUUGGCAUUGGAUCAAAUUAAGCUUUUGCAGAACUACAUAAGAAACACAUCCAAUACUUAUUUCCCACAUCUUUACUACCUUAUUUAUACAAUGUUUAUAAGUAUCGCUCAUGAUAGAAUUGAUUUUAUAUGGCUUAUUGCAAUGUGCUACAUGCAAUACGCCUGCCCCCAUGUGGCUGAAAAGCAAUACAAUUAUGUACUGUAGUCAUAUUGCUUAAUUUGCUUACACGUGUUACAAUAAAUAAUAUUAAUAAAUAAAUGAAUGAAUAAAUGAAAAUUAACACUUCAGAUAGCGAAAAUAAUUUUAUUUGAAAAGAAUCAAAAAAUGUAUUACAUGUAACAAUGAUUCAAAAUAAAAUAUUCAAGAAUAAUAUAUAUAUUUUUAAAAAAUGUAUUAUUUCCAAAACGCGCGGGUUGUUCUUGAACGCAGCAUCAAGUUAGCUUGAUUGAGGUGUUAAUGUCCGCGUUCGAUAGUUAACUUACUAUUGAUUUAUUUAAUUUAACGACACUCAAGUGCCGCUCAACAUGGCAGAUUAUUCAUUCUCGAAUAUAUUCCAAGGCAAACGUAUUAAAAUUACUCUUAAAUCGUCGUUUUGCGUCGGCGUUGUGCAACGAAUCAGCUCCAGCAAAACGGUGACCCUCACGAACGUCGUGUUUGUCGAUAAUGGCCGCGAACUUCCCGGAAGUAGAUUAAUCUUCGGCCAUGAGUUUGUCAAUGUGGAGUUUACCGAUGACGAGGACAAAAAGCAUGGAAAUAUUCCUGAAGACCACUUGAAGCUGUCUGAAUUCCAGCCAUUCAAGACUUUUUACCACGCUGAUGAUGAUGAUGAUGAAUACGUCAAAUUUGAAGUUAUUAAUGCAUUUCAUGAGAAAUUUGGACCCGCUAUUAUGCAAAUUAAGAAGCAGCAUGUGGUUGGCGUUGGGGCUGAUGGGGUGGACAUGUACAAGCAUGGCCGACUGUGUUGGCUUCAGAUUGCCACCAAACAUAAGGUGUAUCUCUUUGACAUUCUCUUGCUUGGAGAAAAAGCCUUUAAAAACGGUCUGACUAUGAUUCUCGAGAGUAAGGGCAUACUGAAGGUCGUUCAUGACUGCAGAGCUAUUGCCGGGUGUCUGAUGACACAACACGGCGUGAAGAUGACGAAUGUCUUUGACACUCAGGUGGCAGAUGUCAUGUGCUUUCACUCUGAGACUGGAGGAUUCUUUCCUCACAAAGUAAGCACUCUUCAUGAACUGGUGAGUCGCCACCUGAAGUUGCCCUCCUCCCACCUCUCUGUUCUAGAGACCAAGUCCCAGUUUACCGAGGAGGAAAGCAAGUUGUGGUACAAGCGUCCAUGUCCUUUACCGUUGCUGAAUGCGAUGGCGCUGUCAGUGAUCCACUUGCAACCUCUCAGAAUGGCACUGCUGGAUUGUCUUCUCACGGACUACGUGGCUUUAGUGGAUGUCUACCUCUCAAAUAGCCAGUAUCCAAAUGAAGAUUUGGAAAGCAUCAAUAUGGAGAAAGUGUUUGACUUGCCGGCCGAGCUCAGGCUGCUGGAUCAGAUGCACUGCGAGCGGCGGGAGUGUGCCGCCAAACGCUACCCCACUACAGACAAAGGUCUGCUGAUUCGUUCUGGUCCUCGAACGGAGACCCCACUCCACACCUCACCUGUGUCAGAGCAACACGAAUCUACAGAGCCUACCGUGGAACCGCAAUCGGCGCCACCGCCGAUGGAAGCCGAUGAAAACGCCUUCCCGGCUUUUGUGGAUGUGGCCACUCCAGAUCCGGUCCCAGACACCACAUCAGAGGAAGUGAGCGAAAUGUCUUUCGGUGGUGGAGUUAAAGAUUUAGCAUCGCUUUUGAUGGAAGUGAUGGCUUGAAGGAGCCCUUCUAGCUAAGAACAACCAAGUUAGAGGAGAAGUAGUAGUCUUUGGGUUCAGGCAGGUCAUUUACUGUUCAGACUGCCACAAGCCAAGUUUGUUUGUUGGUCUAUACAUUGACCACUAGAUGGCAGUAAACAUUUUGUUUUGUUCAACUACUUUGUAUAUGCAUCUGUUUGCAAUGUAGAAUGAUGCCAUUUUUGAAUUCUGGAUUAAAAUAAGAUUUUCCUAUUUCAGAUGUGAGUGAAGAGUGAUUCUUACACCACAAAUAUUACUGAAAUCCAUUACAAGAGCUGUAUUCCUUUACAACAUUCAUCUGUGUGCUUAUAGGAAAACAUAAUAGUAAAAAAGUAUAUCUAUCGUAAACAAUUGAUUCAAAAAAUGUGACAGUAUCUGCCCUAAUCUUUUUACAAAUCAUAAUUUGUGGUGUAUAUAUGGUACCCCUGAAUGCAUUAACAGCCAUAUCUUACUUUACAUAGAGUGAUUAAUGUCUUUGCUUCCUCUUUUCUUUUAAUUGGUGCUGAAAAGCUUAAUGACAUUGAUGGAUCUAGUUUUAAUUGAGAAAAACAAAAACAAUUCAGAUCUUUUUUUUCCCCC